AGCCGCGCCGGGCAGAGAGCCACGCCUGAAGCCCCGGCCUGCAGCACACUCUGGGAACUACUGCAGGCCGGCGGGCUGUAUGCCUCUUUCCUGGAGCUAGCGCUAAGCCCCGGCGCGACUCCGGGCGUGCGUGUGUGCGAGCACGCGCGCGGGCGCGCGCCGGGGGAAGGGGGUGGGGGUGCAGAGCGGGGGCGCGCGCUCAGUGAGUCCGUCCGGGAGACGCACGGAGAGGGCCGGGGAGGGAAGGGGAAGGAGACGCGCAGGGCUGAACAGAGGAGGGAGUUAAGAGUGUCUUCUCAUCGUGCACGCGCGCGCAGAGAGGCGAGGCGAGGACGGGACGAAGCUCGGUAGCACCCAGUGGUGCCCCUCUCCUCUCGAGCGCGUUCUCGCAGUCUCCCAACCUUUGGGGCGUUGUCAACCGGAGUUCCCCCGUGACCACAGCGGAUACCCGCUUGAUCCGAAGUCUAGGCUUCCGCCCCUCUUCUCUCCUCGCCCCACCUCCCUUCGCCCUCACGCUAUCCCAUCCCAUCCCGUCCCGUUGUCUUGUCCCAUCCCGCCCCGUCUGCAGCUCACAGGCUGGCUCGCGCGCGCGAGCCCCUAGCAACCCUUCCCCCUCCCACAACCUCCUCCUCCUCCUCCAGCCUCUCCGCCCGCGCGCGCGCGUCCACCGGUUCCCUGGCUCGCGCCGCUUCAAUGUAGUCCCGGAUCCCCGGGAGACGGAGGAGGAGGGGGCGACCGCAAGAUGGCGGAUCUUUCACUGCUUCAGGAGGACCUGCAGGAGGAAAUUGAAGGAUUUGGUGUGGAUGACUACAGCUCAGAGUCUGAUGUGAUUAUUAUACCUUCAGCCCUGGAUUUCGUCUCACAAGAUGAGAUGUUGACGCCAUUGGGAAGACUGGACAAGUAUGCUGCAAGUGAGAACGUAUUUAAUAGACAAAUGGUGGCCCGAAGCUUGCUUGAUACUUUGAAGGAAGUCAGCGAUGAUGAAAGAGAUUGUAUUGCUGUAUUGGAAAGAGUCAGCAGAUUAGCUGAUGAUUCAGAGCCAACUGUGCGAGCUGAACUGAUGGAACAGGUGCCUCAUAUUGCAUUAUUUUGUCAAGAAAAUCGGCCUUCAAUUCCAUAUGCUUUUUCCAAAUAUUUGCUGCCUAUUGUGGUUAGAUAUCUUGCAGAUCAGAAUAACCAGGUGAGAAAAACAAGUCAGGCAGCUUUGCUGACUUUGCUAGAGCAGGAGCUUAUUGAGCGAUUCGAUGUGGAGACCAAAGUAUGCCCAGUUCUUAUAGACCUAACUGCACCAGAUAGCAAUGAUGAUGUGAAGACUGAAGCUGUGGCAAUAAUGUGCAAGAUGGCACCCAUGGUCGGAAAGGACAUUACAGAGCGACUUAUCCUCCCUAGAUUUUGUGAGAUGUGCUGUGACUGCAGAAUGUUUCAUGUUCGGAAGGUCUGUGCUGCUAAUUUUGGAGACAUUUGCAGCGUAGUUGGGCAACAAGCUACUGAGGAAAUGUUGCUUCCAAGGUUUUUCCAGCUUUGUUCAGAUAACGUCUGGGGAGUAAGAAAGGCUUGUGCUGAGUGCUUCAUGGCUGUUUCGUGUGCAACAUCUCAAGAAAUCCGUCGGACAAAAUUGUCAACACUUUUUAUUAAUCUGAUCAGUGAUCCUUCACGAUGGGUUCGUCAAGCAGCCUUUCAGUCUCUGGGACCUUUCAUAUCAACUUUUGCUAAUCCAUCUAGCUCAGGCCAGUAUUUUAAAGAAGAAAAUAAGAACUCAGAAGAUAUUGUCCUAGAAGAAAAGAACAGUGAAACAAUCAGGGAUGGAGACACGUUCUCAGAGAAUGUACAGUUCAGGAGAGAGGAUAUUCCUUUGGAUGUCUGUCUUUGUAAAUCCAACUUAAGACUUGAAAAUAAUGUGGAAGAUCACACUCAAACAUGUAGGAAAUCCUUGAGUGAAUCUCGUAUUCACCUGGAUAGGUCUUUACAUUCUACUUUGUCUUCAGUAUCUCUCCAUAGUAUUCUUCAGGAAGCAGUAGAUGAACUCGAGCAAAGUUCUGGCAAUUUAAAUACAACAUUGCUACCAGAAAUGGACACAAGUUCUCCAGAACCAUCUCUCACAGACCAGGAAUUAUACAACUCCUUCCAUUUCUGGAGGACUCCUCUACCUGAAAUAGAUCUAGAUCUUGAGCUUGAGCUUGAACAAGAUAGUGAGAAAACGUUAGAUCCAGAGAGUCCAGAAGGAGCGCCAGAAGUUACUAUACCAGAUUCUCCAAGUAUUACUAUGGCUACCCGAAAGGAACUUGAAGAAAUGAUAGAAAAUCUUGAGCCCCACGUUGAUGAUCCUGAUGUUAAAGCUAUAUUGAGGGAAAAGGAAGGAUCAAAGAAAGGACUGCUGCCUGGGAUGGAUGGGACACUGAUAAUUGACACGAAAGAAGCACAAGUAGAAGUAUUGUCUGCUGCACUCCGAGCCACCAGUAUGGACACUCAGGAAGAGAAGUUGGUCAGCUUAGACAGGGAAGAUAAUUUACAAGAUGAAAUCCUCAUAAAAGAGCUACGGAAUUGUAAAAUAAAUCAAGAUGAACCUGUGCCUUUAAUCAGCGAUAGUGUUGAGAGUAUGGAUUCAGCUAUUAAUUACCUGCCUAAUGAUUCAGACUUGAGCACUGAUAGUUUUAGCCCUGAAGAGGAAAGAAAAUCUAAAGUACAAGAUGUCGUGCCUCAGGCAUUGUUGGACCAGUACUUAUCUAUGACUGAUCCCUCUCGUGCACAGACCGUUGACACUGAGAUUGCUAAACACUGUGCAUAUAGCCUUCCAGGUGUGGCACUUACACUUGGCAGGCAGAACUGGCACUGCCUGAGAGAGACUUAUGAGACUCUUGCAUCAGAUAUGCAGUGGAAAGUUCGGAGGACAUUAGCAUUCUCUAUCCAUGAGCUUGCAGUAAUACUUGGAGACCAAUUGACAGCUGCAGAUCUGGUUCCAAUUUUCAAUGGGUUUUUAAAGGACCUUGAUGAAGUCAGGAUAGGGGUCCUAAAACACUUACAUGAUUUUCUGAAGCUUCUUCAUAUUGACAAAAGAAGAGAAUAUCUUUACCAGCUUCAGGAGUUUUUAGUAACGGAUAAUAGCAGAAAUUGGCGCUUUCGAGCUGAACUGGCUGAGCAGCUGAUUUUACUUCUAGAUUUAUACAGUCCCAGAGAUGUAUAUGAUUACUUACGGCCAAUUGCUCUGAAUCUAUGUGCAGACAAAGUUUCUUCUGUUCGUUGGAUUUCCUACAAGUUGGUUAGUGAAAUGGUAAAGAAACUGAACACGGCUACACCAUCCACGUUUGGAGUGGACCUUAUAAACGAACUUGUGGAAAAUUUCGGUAGAUGCCCCAAGUGGUCUGGUCGGCAGACGUUUGUCUUUGUCUGCCAGACUGUCAUUGAGGAUGACUGCCUUCCUAUGGACCAGUUUGCUGUGCAUCUGAUGCCACAUUUGUUAAAUUUAGCAAAUGAUAGUGUUCCAAAUGUUCGAGUACUACUUGCAAAAACAUUAAGACAAACUCUCUUAGAAAAAGAGUAUUUCUUAAAUUCUGCUAACUCUCAUCAGGAAGCUGUGGAACAAACUAUUAUGGCUCUUCAGAUGGAUAGUGACAGUGAUGUCAAGUAUUUUGCAAGCAUUCACCCUUCCAGUAACAAAAUUGCUGAAGAUGCUAUGAGUACAGCUUCUUCAACUUAUUAAAGAGCCCGAGUCUCAUUGUCUCUUCUGCUUAAACUCCACAAGUGCUCCUCACAUGGAUGAUCUGGGACAGCCUUUUCUGAAGGAGGAAAGAUCUCCCUCUCUUGCCAGACCUAACUACAGGUGCCAGUUACCUCCACCUGACGCCAGGGAUCUUAAGAGUCAAGAGAAAGUGUGGUAAACUAGCUCAUCUUGACUUUAGGAAAUACUAAUUUCUCAGAGGAUUAUACUUGUCACCGAAGCCUUAAAUCCUUCUGUCUUCCUGAAUGAAUGAAACUUGAAUUGGCAGAGCAUUUUGGAAGGGAUAACAGUCCCAAAACCUGCAUUGUUUUCUCCUUGGGAGUUAACUUAGCAAGUUUUACUUUAGCAACCAGUAGAUGAAAUUCUCUUAGCCAGAAAGGCAGAUGUGUUGUAACAGGAUGUAAAAGAGGCCUCCAGUAUUAGCUCUAAAUGUUUUUAUCCAGGCAAGGACCUGAUUAGGGUGCUGUGGCUUGCUGCCUGGCCCCAUCCUGAGUAAGUGUGAAUAGUUUUUGAUGUGUGUAAAUUGGGAAAAUAGAAAUGUUUGGAUUUCUCUUAAGGGCUUGAUGCUAACACUAAACUAGAAUCUGAUUUUAACUCUUCAGUGCAGCAUAUUGCUGUAUCCAUUAGCAGAAACCUUUGCUGAAUACGUAUGUCCUAUUUUUUUUCAUGCUGGUCAUGACCUGAAGGAAAUUUAUUAGCACGUGUACUAUAUGUCAGGUAUUUUUAACUGGAUCAUGAUCAGCUCUGAGGUGCAGCUUUGUUCUUCCCAUACUGUACAUACCUGUGACCACUCUGGGGAGCACCGCAGUCUUUAAUCAUGUUGUUUAAAACUGUUGUUGUGACACAAGUUGUUCUCCACUUGUCCAAAUAAAAUUUAUUAAUAAGAUGUACAUACUCUUGGCUGGUUUUAGACACUUGGAAAUAAAUGUGAUUGAUGAUCUGUA